UCUCCCUCUUCCUCUUCCUCUUCCUCUUCCUCUUCCAAUUCCUCUACGAGCCUACGACCAGUUGGUUGGUACCUGCCUACGAAUCUACGCAGGAAAUGCGUUCCUCACCAACUCCAUUUCCAGUUUCCUCUCUCCAUUGUUCUUCUAUUCACGCGCUUUCUCUCGCCAUCACGAAUUUAAAUAUCCUUUACCAAAUCUGUUUCUUUACUCCUUUCACUUUUUUGACUCUUCGUCGUAUAAUUGUUCCUCAGGUUGAUGCUGGAAUCGGUCGUUAUGACUCAGGAACUCAGGCGAUCAUUUCGUAGAAUUUUUGUUAAAACUGAAGAAGCUGUGGUUGGUAAUUCCGAAGCAGUACAAAUUUUGAAGGAUUAUUACAUUCCAGAUUACAUACUUCUUCCUGAUUUAGAAAUCGAACAACAAGCUCGUGUUCCUGAAUGUCCUCUGAUCGUAUUCAUCAACACAAAAAGUGGGGGGCAGUUGGGAGGUGAACUUUUACUAACAUGCUGUAGUCUUCUUAACAAAAAUCAGGUGUUUGAUCUUGGGGAAAAGGCACCUGAUAAGAUGCUCCACCAGCUUUAUUUCAAUUUGGAGAAGCACAAGCAAAACGGCGAUAGAUUUUCUGCUGAGAUUCAAACAAGAUUACGUAUCAUAGUUGCCGGUGGUGAUGGAACAGCUGGGUGGCUCCUUGGAGUGGUUUCUGAUCUUAAGCUAUCGCAUCCACCUCCAAUCGCUACUAUGCCACUAGGGACAGGGAACAAUCUCCCUUUUUCAUUUGGUUGGGGGAAAAGAAAUCCUGGAACAGACUGUCAAUCUGUGAAGUUAUUCUUUAAAAAAGUCAAAGGUGCUAAAGAGAUGAAAAUUGACAGCUGGCAUAUUCUAAUGCGGAUGAGAACUCCUAAAGAUGGUUCAUAUGAGCCUCUUGCACCUCUUGACCUUCCGCACUCCUUGCAUGCCUUCAAACGUGUAUCCGCCACAGAUGAAAUGAAUGAGGAAGGAUACAACACGUUCAGGGGGGGAUUUUGGAAUUAUUUUAGCAUGGGCAUGGAUGCACAAGUUUCAUAUGCAUUUCAUUCAGCGAGAAAGCAGAAUCCGGAAAAAUUUAAAAAUCAAUUAGUUAAUCAGACUACAUAUGCAAAGCUUAGCUGUACGCAAGGAUGGUUUUGUGCAUCCCUGACACAUCCGUCUUCAAGAAAUAUAGCUCAGUUGGCAAAGGUUAAAAUCAUGAAAAAGGCAGGACAAUGGAUAGAUCUUGACAUACCACGGAGCAUCAGAUCCAUUGUUUGCCUUAACUUGCCUAGUUUCUCAGGAGGUCUUAAUCCUUGGGGAAGACCUAGUAAGCAGAAGCUUCAUUCGAGAGACUUAACUCCACCCUAUGUGGAUGAUGGAUUCUUCGAAGUGGUUGGAUUUCGAGAUGCGUGGCAUGGACUUGUAUUGUAUGCUCCAAAUGGGCAUGGGACUCGCCUAGCACAAGCAAACAGAAUCCGUUUCGAGUUUGAAAAGGGUGCUGCUGAUCAUGCGUGCAUGAGGAUCGACGGGGAACCAUGGAAGCAGCCCCUCCCACAGGAUGAUGACACUGUCAUGAUUGAGAUUUCGCACUUCGGGCAAGUUAGCAUUCUUGCUAAUAGACACUGCCUCUCAAGAAGUAUCACAGCACCAUAUUCGACAAACAGCUCCUUACACGAUGGAUGCAGCAGUGAGUACGAGGAGGAAGAAGAGCGAAAGAAGUUAGGUGCAGCCAAUACUUUUAGAUUGCCAGAUGACUUUGACAUUGCAAGCCUUAGUUGAAAAUCUUAGAUUAAUUGGAGAUGACUUUAGAUAUAUAGCAUCUAACUGUAGUACAGCUCUCCACUUAGUUUUGUGUAUAUUGUACAGAUGCA